AUGGCUUCCUCAGGCCGCGCAAUACAAUACACCAUCCCAACAAGGGAAGACUUCAACAAGCUCGCCGACGAGCAAAAAACACGAGUCAACGAAGCAUUCGACCUCUUCGACUCCAACAAAGACGGCCUCCUCUCCUACGAAGAAUUCCGCUUCGUCCUCCGCGCCCUCGGUUUCGAGCUCCCCAAAUCCCAAACCUACGAGCUCCUCCUCCGGCACGGUCAAAAGCCCUCCAACUGGCCUCACGACCAAGACUGCGCGCCCGUCUACCGGCUCUUCAGCCUACCCACCUCGCAAGCGCUGGCGGGGACUUUAAUCCGGGCGCGGGACCCGCGCGAGGAAUUGAGGCGGGCUUUCCGGUUGUUUGAUACGGAUGGCAAGGGGAUGAUUACGCAGGAGGAUUUGAGGAAGGUGAGUAAGCAGGUGGGGAAUAAUAUACCGGAUGCGGAUAUUGUGGCGAUGAUUGAGGAGUUUGAUGCGUCGGGGAAAGGGGGGGUGGAUGAGGAUGAGUUUUUGAGGUUGAUGAUGUCGAAAAAGUGA